AUGGCCUUAAGCAACGAUGAACUUGCUUGUGUCUAUGCAGCACUCAUUUUGGCUGAUGAUAAUGUUGAUAUCAAAGGUGAUAAAAUUGCAGCUAUCUUAAAAGCAGCAAACUAUGAAAUUGAACCAUAUUGGCCUGGUCUCUUUGCUGGUGCAUUAGAAGGUGUUAAAGUAACCGAUCUUAUUAAAAAUAUUGGUUCAGCUCCAGCUGCCGGUGCUGCUGCUGCUCCAGCAGCCGCUGCCGCUGACAAGAAAGGACCUGCCGCUAAAGAAGCACCAAAGAAAGAAGAAAAGAAGAAAGAAGAAUCCGAUGAAGAAGGAGAUGAUAUGGGUUUCGGUUUAUUCGACUAA